UUGAACUGAGCUCCAAAAUAUUGCUUCAACCGUAUCAGAAUUUUUCCGAUACAUAUUACUAAAACAUCGUUCAAGCCUUGACACAAUUAUUCCGUUGAUUUUCAUUUUAAUGUCUACAAACUACAAAUAAGCUGCCUCGCAUGCGCCUUGUUCAACACUUGGUAAAAGAACUGCAGAUGGUGAUGAGAGCUGAGUAGAACUGCACAGCUGCAUUUUUAGUUGGAUUUUUGUUUGUUUUGAGACUAACAACUUGCAGAAAUGAGAAAAUCCAUUAAACAGAAGGCGGCAUGCAACUGUCACACACAGAUGGACAUAGGUGAAGUUAAAGUUGCAGACGAUCAAGAUUUUUUAAAUUUAAAACAUCUUGUAGAGGAUGAACCUGGAUGGACACUUGAAUUCAACAAAGAAAGUACUAAAGUUUGGACUAAACCAGCACCUACCACUAGCUUUAAAAUGGUGAAGGUUAAUGCUGUAUUCUCAAAUGUCGACCCUGAUGUUCUUUAUGAUGUAUUGCAUGAUCCAGAGUAUCGUAAAGUAUGGGACACACACAUGGUUGAACAGCAUGAUAUUGGAUCUCUGAAUCCAAACAAUGACUUGGGAUAUUAUGCAAUGACAUGCCCUUCGCCUGUAUCCAAACGCGACUUUGUAUUACAACGCUCAUGGCUCGACACUGGACAAGAGAAGUAUAUCAUUAACCACUCGGUCUAUCAUAAAGGCUUCCCUCCUCGUAAGGACUUCAUUCGGGCAAAAUCCUACAUUACAGGGUUUUUAGUCCGCCCAUCCAAGACUCAUGGAUGCUACUUGGACUAUGUAUCACAGUCUGAUCCUUGUGGAAAGCUGCCUUCUGUCCUGGUCAACAAGCUUACGCAGAAAGUUGCACGAAAGAUGGUCGCAACAUUACAAGAAGCGUGCCAAGGAUAUCCUGAAUGGAAAAGACAACACAAUCCACAUUGGAAGCCAUGGCACAACCCAGAGCAGAUGACCAAGCCAAGAGUGAGGCUAGAAGAUUGCAAGCCGUCUCCAGCUGAUAUGCAACUUGCAGGGGAUGAAUUAGAUGGAGAUAAAUCAAGUGGCAGCCGCAAAAAGUAAACACAAUCUUGUCUUCCUGUGUAAUGGCCACUACCCACUACUACAAUACAUGCAUACUUAGUGAAAAUUUCAACUUGUGUCUUAAAUUUGUUGUAGAGCAAAGCUCAUUGCAAAUUAUAUUGAAUGUUAAACCAGGGGCCUAAUUUUGAUCAACAGGGUCCAUAUUCAUUUACCCUUCUAGCAUUUGUCGACACCUUUAUAAUGGCUUUGUUUAUGGCUACUAUCUGUUUAUGAAUAUCCCUGACACGGUAGUAGGAUAACUUUAAAUAUUACAAACAAGGCUUGCUUUAUUGAUCUUUGCAUAAAAUUUUUAAUGUUUAAUGCUAAAAUUGAAGUGUAUAUGAAAAUCUUUGUGCAAUCUGUGAUAAUAUUUCAUGUUAUCAUUUGGUGUGAAAUUUUCAAAUCUCUUUAAAUACUGUUUUCAUAUUUUAAUAGGAGUCUGCAAUUUGAAAAUUUCUUGAACCCUUGUCUUUAUCAAACAACAGUCAGUUGAUGUAGAAGAUUUUUUUUUUAAGAAAAAAUUGUAAAAUGAACUGGUACAGUACCCCACAUAUCACCUUUGGACCCUUAAACUUUAAAAAAAAAUCAGUAGCUGGAAAAAUACUAGGUCCAAGACUGUUUGGUGCUCCUCUGCUUUUGUGUACUAAAUUUAUGGUCUUAACAAGCAUGAUCAGUCAACCUUUGGAUUUGGUUGUUUAGAUAACCCAAUAAUUGUGCAGUGAUCUAGGAAUAUAAUUCGACAUGACAUAAUGUACAUACUAGUAUAAUACUUAAGGUUAUUGCCUUAAAGCAACUCUAAAACCAAUGGUUUUGAACGGUUGUGCUAUUUUCUGCUCCAAAGGCAUUAUUCCAUAAAAAAAUUAUAUUCCCUAUUCAUGGACUUUGUUAAAUUUCUUCCCAACAGUAUAUAAUUUUGUAUAGAAAACUUCACUUCCAAGCCAAAAGUGCAAAACAGGAAUGAUAGGUAACUUUUGUUUUAGAAACUGUUAAAAAAUUCAGAACUUGAAUGUCGUUCUGAUGAAAAUAAUCCAGGGCGAAUAAAUGUAUUGUACAUGUAUUGUUAAUUACUAUAAAACUACUGGGUAUUGCAAGUACCUAUUGUACCUGUAAGUGUAAAUUACCAGUAUUACAUUAUGGUGGCUGUUUUCUAUGAUAGCUUUGUAUGUGUGUGUUAAUCUUGCCUAAAAGUGUGUGAAAGUCUUUUGACGUUUCAUAGUUUCAUAUGAAUACUAUGACAUCUUGUCAGCUCCUCAUAUUUUGUGUUAUUUCAGAUCUAGUCUUGUCCAGAGUUGUUGUGCUCAAGACGGAAAGGAAUCAGGUUUUACUACAAUUAUGUGCUCUAUAAACCUCAGAUAGUCAAACUGAUAUGAUAGGUGGUCAUUGAAGCCAAGCCCCCUUCUCUCUGCUAAGAAAUAACUCUCUUCUGUCUCUUAACCAUUUCUUUUAAAAAUUUAUUUCAGGUUUGUUUUGAGGAUAUGUGUCUUUUAAUUUGUUUUCAAAUUAAACUCAGCAUAUGUCAUCUGGCUGGAUAAGUGACAAACUUCCUGACAAAACCUGAAUCUGCUCUCGUGAGAAUACCGUAAAUUCAAUCUCCUUUAAUCUAUCUGCUAAAAUUUUACUAUGCAAUGUCCCUAGGUUUCGUCUUUUAAAGUGAGCUUUUAUAAGAGAUUUUUUCCUAAAACUGGUACAUUUUAAGACGUGACUAUCCCAAAUGUAUAAUUGUUAAAAAUGAUUGUCAUAGUUAACUAUAACUGAUAACGUUAUCAAGAAUUAUCAAACAGAAAGGAAAGAAGGCAGUGUUGGUGCCAACCAAGUACUACAAUUAAAUGUUAUUCUAUCAGCAGCAAAA